UGGAUUAAGAUUAUGGGGAGGGCCCAUGAGACCACAAAUGUUGUACAAUGUUGCGUUGGUGAUGACACUCUGUCACAACUGUUACCCCAUCUAUUGGAGCAACUGGAGGUCUGUCAGAAGUCUCUGACAGGAUACCUUGAGAAGAAACGCUUGAUCUUCCCAAGAUUUUUCUUUGUUUCCGACCCUGCUUUACUUGAGAUUCUUGGACAGGCCAGUGACUCUCACACGAUCCAGGCUCACUUACUGAGUGUGUUUGACAACACAAAGAAUGUGGUAUUCCAUGAGAAGAACUAUGACCAGAUAUUGGCUGUGGUGUCUCAGGAGGGAGAGAAAGUGGACCUUGAGAACUUUGUAAUGGCACAGGGCAACGUUGAACAGUGGUUGGGAGAUCUCCUUGCAGAGUCCAGAAAAUCUGUCCAUGGCAUCAUCAGAACUGCCUCUGUUACAAUCCAAGACCCAAGCUUCAAACUGAUGGAGUUUGAAAACAUGUUCCCAGCACAGGUGGGUCUAUUAGGUAUCCAGAUGCUGUGGACUAGGGAUGCAGAGACUGCACUCCAGAGUGCCAGGGUUGACAAGAAAGUGAUGCAGACAACUGCAGAGAAGUUCAGAGACAUCCUGAAUGACCUCAUUGACAUGACAACUACAGAGCUGACGAAGAUGGAGAGAACAAAGUUUGAGACACUUGUCACCAUUCAUGUCCAUCAAAAGGAUAUCUUUGAUGAUCUGCUGAAGAUGCACAUCAAGUCUGUGAAUGACUUUGAAUGGUUGAAGCAGUCAAGGUUCUACUUCAAGGAAGACACAGACACUUGCCUCAUUAGCAUUACAGAUGUUGACUUCAGCUACCAGAAUGAGUUCCUUGGGUGUACUGACAGACUUGUCAUCACUCCUUUGACUGACAGAUGCUAUAUCACAGUGUCUCAGGC